CUGCAGGGAACAAAAGCUGGUAUUUUUGUCCUUACAGUGUGGAGAGGCUGUGCAGGAAGUGACGACCUGCUGUGGUGAAUCCUUCAGGCUCACAGUGUGCCUGCUCUUUGUCUCCAAAUGGUUUUAUUUAAAGUUGACCAGUCCUUCUGUCCCUUAUUUAAGUUCUUAUUUCAUAUUAUUUCUACUCUUAAAUGUUUACGUUGGGGAGAACAAAGACCAAGGAAAGAAGCUCAGUAAUGCUGGCUUUUUCUGGCACAGCGCUUGCAAAAACAAUACCUAAUCAGAUCAGAACCUUUAUCUGUUUAUACUGCAUAUAUACUCUGUGUGUUUGUGUCUUAUGUCCUGCAGGUUUUUCAUAAAGGUCCAUUUUACCACAUUAUUUGGUUUAUGUAAUAUGAUAUAAUUUGAAUGCACACCGAAGCGGAUUUUGACCGUUUUUAAGACAUCGGCUGGUUUAGUUCGUUGGAUUUCUGCAAUUAUCACACAAAAACAUCUGUAUCUGAGAGGCUGUGGUCCACACGUUAAUUUUUUCUUUGUGAUUUAUUUAAAAACCUCAUUGUUGUUAUUUAUAGCGCUGCCAUCUGAGGCGACUCAGUAAGCGUGUGUGUGUUUUGAUCUGAAAACAGCAGCACUGACCCACAUUUACAGCAGCCAUCCUCACGGUUUGCUAUUAUCUAUGACGUAACUGCAUCGCUGGCGCCGGCACGUGCGGCCUGUCACGAGCCAAUUUCAGCUAGUUUUACUGCCACGUGAGGAAGAGAGUGUCCUUUUGUGACGACAAACGGAUUUAAUCUGAAAAGUUGCAAAAAUGAAACAUCCUCCUAGACUUCUCCUGAGUCACUGUGUCGGACCGGCGCUCUCCUGUGUGGGGUACCGCGGGUUUAACGUCUUUCUGGCUCUUGUCACGUCCCUCUACUGGAAAACACUCGAUGACCCAGGUGGCUCCAGGUCCAGCUGACAUGACAGCGCUGGUCCCUCCUCCUGCGCCAACACUGCUCGCCAACAGGCACGCAUCUCCUUCUCGAUCACCAUCCAAUCACAGGAGCCCUCCAGGCUCCCAGCUGCAUUUAGCAAAAGAGCAAAGCAACGACGGAGAGAAAAUUCGAGAGCUGUCGGAGGAGCUGCAGGAUAAAGAGCGUCGCGUUCAACAGCAACUGGAACGCUGCGCAGAGGAGAGAGGGAGGAAGAUGGAGGAGCAGAGGAGGAAGGAGCAGCAGCGCAAGGUGGCGGCCGUGGAGAAGAGACGAAAACAGCAAGAGGCGGAAAAGGAGAGGCUGGAGGCCAUGGUACGCCGAAGAGCCGGGGGCCCUGAAAGACGAGGAGGAGGAGGUGGAGGUGGAGGAGAAGCCCGGGAGCACCUGGAUAACAGGCCUAAACGGUGGACAUGGGGAGGACCGCCUGAUGGAGUGGAGGGUAACCCUAAGACCCCACCCUGCCAUGCCAUUGGCUCCGCUCAGCCCAAUGAGCUUCCUGCUGCUUCCAGUGCCAGCCAGUCCCGUAACGCGGUUGACUUCCUGUCUCCACCAUCUGAUCAGCCAAUCAACAAACAGCUCUCCAACUCUUCAGCUGCUCUUCACUCACCGGACAGAGUGUCUUUUGUGUCCCAUCGAACAGCUUCAUCCAACAACCACAAACUAACCAGGAGUUCCUCCAACCGCAGAAGCAUCGCUGGGUUCCCCGAAGAAACAUCCAGAGCCAAAACACCCACGGGGGAGUCAGCAAACACACCAAGCCGCAGUUCUUCCUUCAGGGCCAACAGCAAGGGCCCCGCCACACCGAAACGGGUGAGGUCCAGCAGGAGUCGCGCCCAGUCUCCCUGCUCCCCUGGUCAGUACCCGCCCUCCCCUCUCCGGCAGAGAGCCACCACCCCCGGCACCGACGAGGUCAAAGGUCACAGCACCCUGGAGAGGAAAUCCACCAAAUCUGAGACAUCGGAGAAGAAGAUCCCCAAAUCCACCAGCAGAGAACUCAAUGCAGAGGGAGGAGGCCUUCCUGCGAGCUCAGAGGGAGGCUGAGAGGAAGAGGCAGGCGAGAGAGCUGCUGCACAUCCAGGAGGAGCAGGAGAGACAGCAGAGGAAGAAGAGAAUUGAGGAGAUUAUGAAAAGAACAAGGAAGAGUGAAGUGGAGCCUCCAUCUGCUGCUCCAGCAAUCGAGGUGCGAGGUGAAGCUGCUGUCGCCCUGGAGGAGGACGCCGCGACUCCCGCUGAAGCCCCCGUCAUCAUGCUGGGACCCCUGGAGAAGAGCAGUGUGGACGAGCUGUCAGAUGGGGUCCAGUCCAUGGACGUGAGCUCUCCAUCUGUCUCCAUCAGUCCAGUGUCCAGGGAUGAGCCAGCGAGCGCCCACGAGUUCUCGCCGGUCACCGAGGGAACAGACGGCUGCCCGCUGGGGCACCUGAUGGACGAUGACGCCCCGGGGCGAGGGCAGCAGCAGGCUGCAGAGGUGCAGCCUUACCCCAAAAUGCAGGCUGGAAGCGGGGUCGGAGACCUCAACAAGAACCUGCUGAUUCACGGCUACAGCGCCGCCUCCGAGUCGUCCCAGCUCAUCCACAGCGUCGGCCCGAGCAAGCUGGACAUCCAGUAGCCAGGACCUUUUUCAGGAGGCCGGCAGCUAAAAACAGGAGCCAGGAGAAACAGACCAGGAGACCAGAACAACAGUCAUCAUCUCCACAGGAAACGACUGCUGAACACCUGAUUUCUCAUCUGUGUUACCAAACCACACACACGCAUCACUGUUAAGCUUCUGGCCACAUUUUAGGGCAGUGCAGGUGGGCAAUUACAGCUCUGAGAAACACAACACAGUUUGACCUAAUCAUGCAGGUAAUGUGAUAUAUUUAUAUAUAUGUGAAUAUUAUGUUACAGAGUGAAGUUUAGGUCACAGUUUAUUCGUCUAAAACCCAAAUAAAUUCAAACUUUGUGCUGUAAAACUUGGAGCUACUUCCCCUCCACGCCUGAAUCCAGUAUUUCCCAGCUGCACUGCCGCCAAACAUAACUCGCCCGCUUUAAUCUGUCAUCUCUGCUCUUGAAACCGUUGUAAAUAGAUGUUUGAGGCGGUCACGGUGGGGACAGGAAGCGGCUCUGUAGCAGAUGAUCUGGAGGAGAGCCGUGAGACUGAUGCUGUUGUGUGAAUCUGUGUGUAGCAUCCUCAGCUUGCCGAGCUGUUUUAUGGCCGUGGUUGUGGGUUCCCGUGUGUUUAUCCCACCUCUGACCUGCUCUGCUGUAGAUUUCCUUCCAUCCUGACGCAGGAGGAACCAUCAGAAACUGAAACGAUGAACCCGCUGUCGACCCGUAGCCUUUAGCUGUUGUUUCUCUGCCGCUCAUCACUGGACCGAUGGACCGAUUUGAGGACUAGCAACAAUCAAACACGAGGAAAAAAUGCGACCCUUCUGGGGGGAAAAUGCUACAUGUCUUGUAAUUUAAUGUGCGUGCGGGGGGAUAUUGAGACAGCGUGUUGUGUAUUUGUCUGGCACUGACUGUAACCACGCAAGCUGCAGUUUAUAGUGUGCACUUACAGUAGUUGUAUGUUUGUUACACCGCUCUGAAGACGCUUAAAUCUCCAGCCCAUGUCCCCGAGUCAAAUAUACCUCACCGAUUCAGAACAGCUUUCACCACCUCGCAGCUCAUCACCUCUGAGGCCUUAAACCUCUGUGCAGUCAGCAUCCUCCCCGUCACCCUCAGGCACGCCCACUUUCAGCUGAUUUUAAAGGCCUGUUUCCACAAGGAGGACGAGAACCACAAACACUCCCUGAGGAGGCGUUUUUGCCCUUUAGCUCACACACAGCAGGAGAUAACCUGAAAGUAAAGGUUAGCCACUGUCCAGAAAUGUUAGUGUUCAUAUCAACAGGUAAAAACCUCAAUAACCAAACUCAUAUUUAUGGACAUUUUAAGGAAUUUGAGCUACAGAAAAGCUUUAGCCUUUAAGUCAUGGUAAUCGCUUUCUUUCCAAGUUCCUUAAAUCUUUAUUGUUAAUUUUUAUUUAUUGUUGAUUUAAUGUAUGUAUGUAUUUAUUUAUUUAUUGAUUUAUUUAUGGUUUAGGUUUUUAGGUCCUUAGAGAAGAUACUGGUGUAAUCUUCAGUACCAUUUAUUACAACAUAGAUCGUCUUUAUACAAAAACAAACCACCUAAACUUCCAGAAGUGUUGCAGAAGACGCAUCCUUGGUGUCAUGAACAGUUGUACAUUUCUUUUGUUUUUUUACUGGAUGAAUAAGAUCAUUUAUUAUUUUGGCAUGCACUGCAGUGUAAGCCUGUGCAGACACACUACAGAGGUGGUGGUUUGGUUUCUUGCUGUGGGAACCGAGGCCUCUUCUGCUUCUCCAAAGCACCACACAGAGGGGAGGAAAGCAUUUCCCCGUCACCCCAACGACCUCCAGCGCAUUGAUUUUUAUCAUCAGCUUCCCUCCCUCCACGUUUGCUCACUGCUCCUCCAGAUUGUGCUGAAACGCGUCGUCAGAGGGUCCCCCGGGUCCCCUUGUGUAUGAAGUAGACAUAAAGGAUAUAAUGUUUAUUCUAAUCUUACUUAAACUCUGUGACACUGCAGCUUGGUGGAAUAUAUCAUUGUAAAUGUGGUGCAUGGAAAACUGCUGAAAACGAACAAUAAACUUCAUCAAGCCAUUCGUGUCAGUGAGCCGGAUAAAUAAACUAGUGAAUGGAAAACUGAAUCAUUAAGGAAGUAAGGGACAUGUUUGAGAUGUUUAGUCUUUGACCUUCAUAUGAAAACGAUCUAGUGUAGGGCUUAACGCAGACGCUUUUCUUUAUCAUUAUAUCUCACUGUGUGUUGACUUGAUGCUGCACUGAAAUUAAAAAUCACCUGCAAAAACUGGA